UCCAUGGAUGGAGAAAGUGCUUUUCUUCCCUAUCAAAAUUUACCAAAAAAUAAUCAUCCUCCAUUAUCAGCCAUAGAUAGGUUUUUAUUGAGUCAUGAAAAUUAUUUUCCGCAACAAAAGAGCAAUGAAAAUGCUUUAGGUGAAUUUUCUCAUUUUGUUGGUGCAAAUGCAAGUAGUAAUAGAUAUGCAAAUGGGAUUUCUUGGCCAACUUUGCCAGAGUCAAGUUAUAUGGAAGAGCUUUUUGUCAAUGAAGUGCAUAAAAACAAUAGCUUACUUGGUCAUGAACAAAAAAAUAAAACUAAAGAGAGUGGAAAAAAGACAAAAGAAGGAAAUUCAACAACAAAUUAUUUGAUCAAAGGCCAAUGGACUGAUGAAGAAGAUAGCAAACUGCUGAGGUUGGUAAAACAAUUUGGAGUAAGAAAAUGGGCACAAAUUGCUGAGAAAAUGGGAGCAAGAGCAGGAAAACAGUGUAGAGAAAGGUGGCAUAAUCAUCUACGUCCAGAUAUUAAGAAAGAUACAUGGAGUGAAGAAGAAGAGUUGCUGCUAGUGGAAUUACACAAGCUACUUGGAAACAAAUGGGCUGAAAUUGCUAAAAGAAUUCCUGGAAGGACUGAAAAUGCAAUCAAGAAUCACUGGAAUGCCACUAAAAGAAGGCAAAAUUCAAGGAGAAAUAAGAACAAAAAAACUCAACAAGCUGAUGGCACUCAAUGUGAAAACAAAUCGCAUCGUUCCACCGUUCUCCAAGAUUAUAUUAGAAGCAAAUAUUUCAUGAAUGAUGAUAAUUCUCCCCUCACCGCUACCCUAUAUUAUGGUAGCGGUGGUAUAGCUAGUGGUGGUGGGUACAGUCCCUCCACCACUACUUUCAUAGGAAGUACUAGUAACGCGACCAACACUACACCAACAUACUCUGACGAUGAUUCUCCAUAUUUGAUCACUCAUCAAACAUAUGAUGAAGAAAUGAACUUCAUGCAAAGUUUAUUUGGAAAUAGCAAUAUUAUCAAUGGUACUAAGGUCAUGGGCACUAUGGAGACAAAUGUAGUGACUCAAGAUCUCCUCGACAAGAGCUCGUCGAGCUCUUCUUUUGGUUUGAACUCCUCUGGUGAAAAUCCUCUAGCUCAGUGUAACGUUGAGAGUUACACUACAACAAAAAGGGUGAUCGCGGACAAUAAUGCUAGGAAUUACAUCCCUGAUUAUUCUCAAUAUUAUCCUCAAGACCUCUAUUUAUCGCGCCUUCUAGAUGGUUCAUUGGUGCCUAAUUAUUCAGACUGUUUUGAAUGUGGAAGCAUGAAUAAUCAAGCUGGUUGUUCUUCAUCAGGAGGAAACAUUAAGGAAGUUGAUUUGAUGGAGAUGAUGAAUUCAACUAAUUCUCAAUUCUCUCAACCUGGAACCUUCAACAAAACUUUCUUUUGA